AUGGACACAGGCCGAGAUCAGGCAAGCCAAAUCAGACACAUGUGGCUGCUGUCAAUCAAAGAAUCGCAGACGAGGCAGAAAGAUGCUUAUUCAGUAGGAAAGGUCAACACGUAUCAGCUUCUGUAUUGCCGUGUUGGAAUUGGUUAUCAUCUACAGAUCCAACCCAGUGGGACUGUAAGGGGUGUGCAUAUACCAACCAAGCACAGUUGGUUAAAGGUGUUUGCAGUGAAGCCUGGAGUAGUGGGCAUUCGUGGUGUGAAGAGCAGACUGUAUUUAUGUAUGAAUAAAGAAGGAUUUGCUCAAGGAAUGACACACUUUUCAUCAGACUGUCUAUUUAAGGAGCACCUACAGGAGAACCACUACACAACAUACUCAUCUGCAGCUCAUCCAGGCCUAUACCUCGCCCUGUCCCAAAAAGGACAUCUCAGGAGAGGCGAUCUGGUGCGUCCACACCAUGCCAGCAGUCACUUCCUGCCUCGCAAAGUCUCAAUGAGCUAAACAACAUCACA